UGAUUCAGGUUCAGUUUUGUUUCUCUGUCACAGCUGCAGAAGGUUUUAAAGAGCCGGAGCUGCGGGAGGAAACCUCACAUGCACCAUGUUUUCCUGGGGAGAGGACUGUCACCAGCUCUUCUGGUCCAAACACUCACCUGUGGACGGGUCAGCGGAGGCCAGGGUUCACCAGUUUAACCCGGGUUAUCUCAUCCGGGGCCUGUCUGCAGGACACAGUGUGCUCAGCUUCAUCAAGACCAACGGACAUGCUUUUAUCAUCCGGACACACGAGAACAAGGACGGAAGAAGAGUCCGAGGGAAACAGAAGUUCGUGCAGUGCAAAGAGAGGAUCCGGGCUGUGAGCGUCACUGAUGACGUCGUGUCCCUGCUGACUGACAGCGGCUCGCUUCUCUGUGUGGACACAACGCGCCCCCCCUUCACACCAAGGCCGGUGAAGGAGUUGUGUAACAUACCUGUUUGUCAGGUGGCGUGUGGGAGUCAACACUCAGUCGCCCUGACCAACGAUGGCCGGGUGUUCACGUGGGGUCAGGACUCCAGGGGUCAGCUGGGUCUCGGGCAGGGGAAGCCCUUCGCCAACUCGCCCCAGCAGCUCCGCCCCCUGUCGUCGACCCCGCUGGUUCACGUGGCGGCGGGGGGGGAGCAGAGCUUCGCCCUCUCUGUCAGUGGGGGGGUGUUCGGCUGGGGCAGAAACGACCGUGGGCAGCUCGGGCUGGGAGACACAACAGACAGACGGACGCCAGCUCCGGUUAAAGGUCUGAACAUGAAGGGAACUGUUCUCAUUUCCUGUGGGAAGGAUCACACUGCUGCUCUAACUAAGGAUGGAUCUGUGUUUACGUUCGGCUCGGGGGAGUUCGGGCAGCUCGGGCACAACUCGUUCUCUGAUCAGCUCCGUCCUCGUCUUGUUGCCGAGCUGUUGGGGGCAAAGGUCACCGAGAUCGCAUGUGGACUAAACCACACGUUAGUGUCCACAGACGCCAAGAAGGUUUACUCCUUUGGGUGUGGAGAGCAAGGGCAGCUGGGACACGGAGGCGAGAGUCAUCCGUCUGUGCCGCUCCCCGUUCAACUGCCACAAGGCAGCAGUGAUGGUCCCAAUAUUAGAAACAUCUUCGCAGGAGGAAACUGUUCAUUUGCGACAUGCUCGUCUAAUGAGGAGCCAAACACUGACGGGGUCAGUAAUGCGUCACAGUCUUGUCUUGAUGACAAGAUCGACAAAUGGACGACUAAAUGUGAUCCAAAAACCUGGAAAAAGAUAAAACAUGAAAUCCACAGGAGUUUUUCCACAGCAUCUUGUAUGAAUCAAAGUUUCCUUGAGAAAAGAAAUGAAAAACAUUUCCAGACCUCAUCAAAGUACCACGGCGUGAACUUGUCGCUUGCACGACUCGCUUUCAAGAAACUGGUGAAGAACGACGAUGUUUUGGCAGAGGUGGCGGCUGCUGUCCUGCAGCUGCUUCCCUCCUUCGUGGAUCCAGUGGGAGUGGAGGGGUUGAGGAUCUUCUUGCUUCUCAAUGAUCUUCUUCACGUGAUCCAGAAGCUCCAUCGGCCACAGAGCACCGAGCUCGCUCAGGCCGUCGCUGCUGCCGUUCUGAAGCUGUCUGCUGAGAACCUUCAGGUCAUAGGAAACUGGUGGACCACACUGUCAGCCUCCACCAUAUCUGCAUAUGUUAGGGUUUGGAAGAAAUCCCUCUCAGACAUGCUGUCCUCAAGCCCUGAUCCUCCUCGCUCCGGAUUCCAAAAUCUGUUACAAGUCCUCCAGCACAUGUACAAUGCCAACAGCAGGAUAUCAGAGUCUCAAAGGCUGCCAGACAGCGACUUCUAUUUGCUCAUGACCCCAAUCUUUCUUAGUUUGGAUCUGCGUCAAUGGGUUUUACAGAUGAAACGCAAGAUGAUGGAUGCUGAGCCUCUUAUCGUUGGUAGAUUUCCAAUUGUGAUGGAUCUGAAAUCAAAGAAAUGGAUUCUUGAUGUUUUUGCUGAAGCCAUCAAGUUGCAUACCCCUGGACUAGAACAUCUGCUUGCUGAAGAUUCGCUUUUUAAACUGGAGCUGAGACGAGCAUCCAUUUCAGAAGACACUUUUGAACAACUGGAUGCUGUUCUUCACGAGGACUACAAAAAAAGACUUGUGGUCUUUUUUGAUGAGAACUUUACGCGAAGCAAUGUCAACAUCAGCGACUUUUUUCAUGACGUCUUUCACAAGCUGAUGUCCGACAAAUCGGGGAUGGUCACUUUCAAUGACUCCGGAAGACUUGCAUGGUUCCCUUCCAACGCAACACACGACCACCACAGGUACUUCCUGUUUGGAGUUCUGUGUGGAUUGGCUUUGCACAACCAGUGCCUCAUACACCUCCCGUUCCCAAUGGCUCUGUUCAAGAAGCUGCUCGGGGUGAAGCCUUCGCUGGAGGACAUGAUGGAAUUCAGUCCGGACGUCGGAAAGAGUCUGCUGUCCAUCCUGGAAGAAUCUGGUGACGAAUACUUUGAAGGACUGGACUAUCCGUUUUCAAUCAGCUGGGAUGGGACAGACGUUGACCUUGAUCCCACAAACCCUGAAAAAACCGUGACAAGUCAAAACAAGAAGGAGUUUGUGGACGCCUACGUGAAUCACGCCUUCAACACAUCUGUGGAGAGUGUGUUUCUGGAGUUCAAGCGAGGCUUCUACACGGUUUACGACCGGGACUUGUUGAAGGUGUUGCGACCAGAGGAGCUGCAGGAAGUCCUGUUGGGAAAAGACUUCUGUGACUGGGAAAAGCUGAAACAGAACACACUAUACGGAAGUCCGUACCAUGUUGACCACCCCAACAUGCAGAUGUUUUGGGAGGUUUUUGAUGAACUAACCGAGGAUCAGAAGAAGAAGCUCCUUUGGUUUGUGACCGGUUUUGAAAGGUUGCCUAUUCUUGGCAAUGAAAGGAUGACCAUCAGGCUCAAGUACGUCGGUGACGUCUCUCAGGACCAGUUCUACCCUGAAGCACUCACGUGCCACUCUUUUCUGGAUCUGCCCCUGUACUCAACCAGGGAGAUUAUGAGAACCAAGCUGACAGAGGCCCUGAGCAACGGUAGAAGAAGCUACAACUGAAGGUGGAACUCUGCCUUAGUGAAACGUAGGGAAAACACUCUGUAAAUCGACCAAAGACCAUUGUACUGUACCUGCACCUGUUUACUGGCUCAUGACAUUCUUUAGAGGGCGUGUGGACUAAGUGGUUGUAUAACAAUAAUUAAUGCCUCACAGUAAAAAUCUAUGUAUGUAGAGAAGUCUAAAAUAAAUAGGGGUGAUAAAUAUUUUUGUUUAUGUUUUUCUAGGUACAUUAUUUAAUUAAACUGCAAACUUGUCCUGGGAACUUGUAGAAAAUACAUGUGUGUGUGUGCACGGCAGUCACUUUUUUUAUUCGUGUUAUAAUUUUCAUUGUUCAGACAUUUUAUUGAGGGUGACUUCAUUAACUGUAAAGAAAAUGUUGUAUUUGUGCCAAUCUGCGGAAGAAAUGUUUAUUCUCUGUGAGGCUGCGUCUGGGCGAUAAAUCAAAAAAGGAGAUCCAAUAUGCUUUUAGUGCCUUAAUUGCCUUUUAGCUUCUAAUUGAUCUAAGUCUUUCAGAGCAUUUAAAAGGAAAUUAACAGCAACUAACGACCUUUUGCUCGAACUAUGACCAUUCUUAUAUAUAUGGGAUUCAACAGUAUUGAUAUUGAUAUUGUCUGUAAACUGUUGACUGGAUUUCUCAGGUUGGAUGUAGAGCAAUAUUUGAAGAGAGAUUGUAGAGAUUCUUCAUAAACGAUGGGUAUUUAUUAUGUUGAGUAACAACUGCUGACAUCCUUCAAUUGUGCAGAUGUUUACGUGUUCGCUGUUUUUUUUUCUUUCUUUAAAUUAAAUUAAAUUAAAUUAAAUUAAAAUGACACUGAUGUGGAAAAUAACAAAAGAAAUCUGACAUUUGUUUGAAUAACUUAA